CUUUUCUUCUAAGGAGCAGCUAUACAGUACAGUACUGUUGUCUGGAGUCGCCAUGCUGGAUAGGCCAGAACUCACCUUAAAACUGAAGUUUGACAGCAUCCUGAAAAUGCACAGACGCACGAUGGAGACCGAAAGUGAGGGUGGCACAUCGGGAGAUGACAGUGUGUUUUGGCUGGAUUCGGAAGUUAUAACCCAGGAGACUGGCAGUGAAGAGGGAGAAGGGGAAGAGCAUUUCAGGAAGAUGAAGUCCUCAGUACAUUCUGAAGAGGAUGAUUUUGUUCCAGAACUACACAGAAACGUUCACCCUCGAGAGCGGCCUGACUGGGAGGAAACACUUAGUGCAAUGGCCAGAGGAGCAGAUGUUCCAGAAAUUCCUGGAGACCUUAGUCUUAAGACAUGUGGCAGUACAGCCAGUAUGAAGGUUAAACAUGUGAAAAAGUUACCCUUCACUAAAGGUCACUUUCCGAAGAUGGCUGAAUGUGCACAUUUCCAUUAUGAGAAUGUUGAGUUUGGCAGCAUACAGCUUUCACUUUCAGAAGAACAGAAUGAAGUAACAAAAAACGGCUGCGAGCCUACAGAGCUGGUCUACCUCGUGCACGUUGCUUGUCAGGGCAAAAGUUGGAUUGUUAAAAGAAGUUAUGAAGAUUUUCGGGUACUUGAUAAACAUCUUCAUCUGUGUAUUUAUGACCGACGAUUCUCCCAGCUCUCAGAGCUUCCCCGUUCUGAUGCUCUGAAGGAUAGUCCAGAGUCGGUCACUCAGAUGCUUAUGGCUUACCUGUCCCGCCUUUCAGCUAUUGCUGGGAACAAGAUCAACUGUGGACCUGCCCUUACUUGGAUGGAGAUUGAUAAUAAGGGAAAUCACCUUCUAGUUCAUGAAGAAUCCUCUAUUAACACUCCUGCUGUUGGUGCUGCCCAUGUUAUCAAGAGGUACACUGCUCGGGCCCCAGAUGAAUUGACCUUAGAGGUGGGAGACAUUGUUUCUGUUAUUGACAUGCCCCCCAAAGUGUUAAGUACAUGGUGGAGAGGCAAGCAUGGAUUUCAGGUGGGACUCUUCCCUGGACACUGUGUUGAGUUAAUUAAUCAGAAAGUUCCCCAGUCAGUGACCAACUCAGUGCCAAAACCAGUAUCUAAAAAGCACGGCAAGCUCAUUACUUUUUUACGCACAUUCAUGAAGUCUCGUCCAACAAAACAGAAAUUGAAGCAGCGUGGAAUCUUGAAAGAAAGAGUGUUUGGCUGUGACCUGGGGGAGCACCUUCUGAAUUCUGGUUUUGAAGUGCCCCAGGUUCUUCAAAGCUGCACAGCGUUCAUUGAGAGAUAUGGCAUCGUGGAUGGAAUAUAUCGUCUCUCUGGCGUUGCCUCCAAUAUCCAGAGACUACGCCAUGAAUUUGACUCUGAACAUGUUCCCGACCUGACAAAAGAACCCUACGUCCAAGACAUCCAUUCCGUGGGCUCUCUAUGUAAGCUGUACUUCCGAGAGCUCCCCAACCCUCUGCUCACCUACCAGCUGUAUGAAAAAUUUUCUGACGCUGUUUCAGCAGCAACAGAUGAAGAAAGGCUGAUAAAAAUUCAUGAUGUUAUCCAGCAACUCCCUCCACCACACUACAGAACACUGGAGUUCCUAAUGAGACACUUGUCUCUUUUAGCUGACUAUUGCUCCAUCACAAAUAUGCAUGCAAAAAACCUAGCAAUCGUUUGGGCUCCAAACCUGCUAAGAUCAAAGCAGAUAGAAUCUGCCUGCUUCAGCGGGACCGCAGCUUUCAUGGAAGUGAGGAUUCAGUCUGUGGUUGUAGAGUUCAUCCUCAACCACGUCGACGUGCUCUUCAGUGGGAAGAUCAACGCAGUCGUUCAGGAAGGGGCAGCUUCUCUAUCAAGACCCAAGUCCCUGCUGGUCUCGUCUCCAUCUACCAAGCUGCUGACCCUGGAGGAAGCCCAGGCGCGAACACAGGCUCAGGUCAAUUCUCCAAUUGUGACCGAAAAUAAAUACAUUGAAGUAGGAGAAGGACCUGCUGCACUCCAGGGGAAAUUUCAUACCAUCAUCGAGUUCCCACUUGAAAGGAGGAGGCCUCAAAAUAAAAUGAAAAAGUCUCCUGUGGGCAGCUGGCGUUCCUUUUUCAACUUGGGGAAAUCCUCAUCUGUUUCUAAACGGAAGUUGCAGCGUAAUGAGAGUGAGCCCUCCGAGAUGAAAGCCAUGGCUCUGAAAGGUGGCAGGGCAGAAGGGACCCUCCGCUCAGCUAAAAGUGAAGAGUCUCUUACUUCUCUCCAUGCAGUCGAUGGUGACUCCAAGCUGUUCCGACCCAGAAGACCCAGAUCUAGCAGUGAUGCCCUGAGCGCCUCUUUUAACGGCGAGAUGCUGGGGAACCGCUGCAACUCCUACGACAACCUGCCCCACAACGGAAGCGAGGAGGGAGUCGGGCUGCUGCACAUUCCGGCUCUUGUGUCUCCGCACUCAGCUGAGGAUGUUGACUUGAGCCCACCAGACAUCGGAGUGGCCAGCCUGGAUUUUGAUCCGAUGUCAUUUCAGUGCAGUCCUCCUAAGGCCGAAUCAGAAUGUCUGGAGAGCGGGGCUUCCUUCUUAGACUCCUUGGGCUACUCCAAGGAUAAACAGAGUACCAGUAAGAAGGAUACGGAAACAGGCGGUAGCCAGUCACAGACUCCAGGAAGUACUGCAAGUUCUGAACCUGUGUCUCCUCUUCAGGAGAAGCUGAGUCCAUUCUUCACCCUGGACUUGAGCCCAACUGAUGAGAAAGCAUCGAAGCCAUCCUCGUUCACCGAAAAGGUCGUCUAUGCUUUCUCUCCGAAGAUUGGACGGAAGAUAAGCAAAUCACCCUCUCUGAACAUAUCCGAGCCCAUUUCAGUGACCCUUCCCGCCCGGGUGUCAGAAGUCAUCGGCCCCGUCGCAAACACGGCAGCUCAGAAUGCACCUUCUGUAGCCUGGAACAAAAGUGGUGAAGAAAGUGAUGUCAUAAAUAGAUCCCCAAACCAGGUAGUAAAGAAAAAAGCAAACGAGAGAGAGGCCCAGGAAGGGUGUGAGUGUGAAGCCCAGCCCCCGGACCAGGGGGCUGCCGCAGACGUAGACUCACCAGGGAAGGAGGAGCCUGCCUCAAGCAGUCAGAGUAAGGCUGUACCUUCUGGACAGACUCAGACAGGAGCAGACACACAUGACCCCCCUCAGGAUUCCGUUCCUGUAAGCUCAGUCUCUCUUAUCCCACCGCCACCGCCUCCGAAAAAUGUGGCACGCCUGCUGGCACUGGCAUUAGCAGAGUCUGCACAGCAGGCCUCCACCCAGUCACUGAAGAGGCCAGGCACGGGCCCGGCUGCCUGUGCACACUGCGGGGAUGUAGCGGUGGCCGCAGCCGAGGACAGACCGCCCGCUCCCUACUCUAGUGUUACUCUCGAGAAAGCCUAUUUCCAAACCGACAGGCCAGCAGAGCAGCCCCACCUCCAGAACAAGGGCCCUGGGCAUGGUGACCAGCCAGUGCCAGACACAGCAGCUGCCAGGGACUAUACCCAUUCCAGCGCCACGGACUCCACGGGGCAGUCCCCCCCGGCAGACCUACCAGGCGAUCAGCCACAUCGGAUCUAUCUAUCUGGGGACCCAGAGAAGGCCAGAGUCACUUCCGUUCCCUUGACAGACUCAAAGUCUGAUGACCUCAUCACUUUCCCUGAAGACCAGUCUGUGAAGACCAGUGGGCCGACCGUCUCCUUUGUGGAACACGAUCAGCUCCAUUUCUACAGUGGGGAUGAGCCUCCUUCUUACCUUGGUGCAAGCGUGGAUAAGCCCUAUCACCCUUCAGAACUUGCAGACAGAAGUCCCGCCCCUUCUCAUUUGCCUCGGGACAAAAUCUGCCCUCCUUCCGGGCCCCCUGAAGAGAACACCAGCGCAGCCCCCCUGGCGUACGUGGCACAUGCUCCAGCAGCGGCCAUAGUGAGCGCCGGCGAAGCCAGCUGGGAGGUGGCAGAGCAGCCCAGCGCCGUGGAGUAUGUAACCGCCACCCUUCAGCGUGCCCAACGAGCCAGCCGUCCCCUACCCCUACCUCCUUCCCAGAGACCCGCAGAGCAGCCCCCGGUCCUGGGGCAGGUGCAGACCACAGCCAGUAUAGGACUAACCAAUCCCCACAAGGUUCAAGGAGCAGUUCCGGCUCCAGAGAGGCCACCUGAACUCAGGGGCCUGGGUGACCCUGCACCUGUCCUGGUUGGGGAUGGCGGGGCCGCUGCGCAGUGCCCAGCCUCCGCUCCAGCUCCCCAGCCCGUCCUUCCUGAAAAGGUGCGGGAAGGCACCAGGGCGCCCGCGCUGCACCUGCGCGCCGAGUCUGUGCCCGCGCACGCCUCCUGUGGCUUCCCCACCCCGGCGCCCCCCGCCAGGACCGUGGAGAGCAGACUGGCUGCGGCCCUCCACUCGGGCAGCACGGACGGGGCAGGCAGCGCCGGGUACCACUCCUUCAUUGCCGCUGCCUCCGCAGAAGAGGCCUUGCCUUUGCCCCUCCCCAUCCCACAAGCCAAGCACACCUCUCUGAAGACUGCUUACCCCACGUUCGCCAGGCCCGACCUCACCACGGAGCCCUUCGGUCCGGAAAACUGUCUGCAUUUCAGUAUGACCCCAAACUGCCAGUUCCGCCCCCAGAGCGUGCCACCCCAUCACGGGAAAGCAGAACCGCACCCGGUGUACGCGUCCAGGUCGGAGCCACCAGCCUCCACGGGUCCCCGGUACAACACGUACGUGGCCCCUGGGAGAAGCGUGUCUGGACACCACCCGAAGCCGUGCAGCCGGGCCGAGUAUGUGUCCUCGCUGAACUCGUCCGUCAGGGGCGGCUGCUACCCCGAAGACAUGCCGCCGUACCCCACCAUCCGCCGGGUGCAGUCUCUGCACGCGCCUCCGUCCUCCAUGAUCCGCUCUGUCCCCAUCUCCAGGACAGAGGUGCCCCCAGAUGAGGAGCCCGCCUACUGCCCACGACCCCUGUACCAGUAUAAGCCAUAUCAGUCGUCCCAGGCCCGCUCGGACUACCACGUCACUCAGCUGCAGCCUUACUUCGAGAAUGGCCGGGUGCACUACCGGUACAGCCCCUACGCCAGCUCGGCCGGUUCCUACUACAGCCCCGACGGCGCCCUGUGCGACUUGGAUGCCUACGGCACGGUGCAGCUGCGGCCCCUGCACCGCCUGCCCGGCCGCGACCUGGCCUUCCUCGCCCCGCGGCUGCAGGGCAAGAGUGUGUACGCGUUAGCCGGGGGGGCGGCCGUGCGCCCCCGGCCCAGCGUGGCCAGCUACUUCCCGGCCAAUGACCACAGUGUGGUCCAUAUGCCCCCGGUGGCCGAUGCGAAGCACGCGUACGCCUCGUGGGACCUGGAGGACCUGGAGAAGUACCGCCUGCAGUCCAUCCGCAGGGAGAGCCGCGCGCGGCAGAAGGCCAAGGGGCCCGUGGUGUCCCAGUACGACAACAUGAGCCCGGCCGGCGUGCCGGACGACCUGGGCGGCAUCUACGUCAUCCACCUGCGCAGCAAGUCGGAUCCUGGGAAAACUGGACUCCUCUCGGUGGCCGAGGGCAAGGAGGGGCGGCACCCGGCCAAGGCCCUGAGCCCCGAGGGGGAGGACCGCUUCUACCGGAAGCACGCGGAGCCGGAGCUGGAGCGAGCGCCCCACCACCAGGGCGGGUACGGCAACGGGCAGCCGGAGAAGCCGUGCCUUCCCCAGAAGCAGAGCAGCGUCAGGAACCGAAAGCUGCACGACGCGGGCUGCAGCCUCCCCGAGCACAGGCUGCAUCAGGAAGCAAGCCAUAGGCAGCUGUGCGACCCGAAGAAUGGACCCCCUUUCCCCCAGGGAGCCGGCCCGCUAGACUACGGGCCCAAAGGGCUUCCAGACCCUGUCGAGCCGGUCAGCUACCUUAACUCUGGAGGGAAAUACGUGCCGUCAGGGCCGGAGUCUUUAAGACCGAGCCACAAAGAGGUGCGGCUCCCCAAGGAGCUGGAGCGGCCCCGGGCCCGGCAGCCCCCGGCCGCAGAGAAGCACCCCAGAGACUGCUACAAGGAGGAGGAGCACCUGUCGCAGUCCGCGCUCCCGCCGCCUAAGCCAGAGAGGAGCCACAGCCUCAAACUGCACCACCCUCAGAGCACGGACAGGGACCCCGGCGUGGUGUACCACUACCACACCCACGGCAAGCGCCCGGGCCGGGGGACUGCCGGGCCCCAGUACGAUAACCUGGAGGGCUACCACUCCCCGCCCCAGCACCAGCGAGGGGCCUUCGGAGCAGCAGCAAUGGGCCCGUACAUGCCCCCCGGCUUCCCCCACCCCCAGAGCAGGACAUACGCCACAGCUCUGGGGCAGGGCGCCUUCCUGCCCACAGAGCUGGCCUUGCAGCCUCCUGAAACGCAGGUCCAUGCAGAAUGA